CGAGUUAAAGUGUCAGAAAGACGUGUACUCUGCUGGCUUGGUGCUGGCUAACCUAUCUAUUGAGGAAUAAAAUAGUGAAGUGAUUCACGUAUCUUGUGUUGUUACUUUUAAUAUAAUUUUAGUAAUAUGCCGACAAUAUCCGUUAAGCGUGAUUCGCUAUUCGCGGCUCUUGGCAAGACUUACACUGACGAUGAGUUCCAAAACCUAUGUUUUGAAUUUGGAUUAGAACUUGACGAAGUCACAACUGAGAAGCAGAUGUUAAUGAAAGAGCAAGGUGACCAGGCAGGGGCUGGGGUCUCAGAAGAAAUCCUCUACCGCAUAGACAUCCCUGCCAACAGAUAUGACCUUCUGUGUCUUGAGGGACUUGUCAAUGGUUUGCUGGUGUUCCAAAAAAAGAAAGAACCACCCCAGUACCUCGUGACGAAGUACGAGGACUGUCACUCGCUGCACCUCACGCCGAGCACCGCACAGAUCCGGCCUUACGCCGUGGCCGCCGUGCUCAAGGGCAUCCACUUCACCAAGGAGUCCUAUGACAGCUUCAUAGACUUGCAGGACAAAUUGCACCAGAACAUCUGCCGCAAGCGGACAUUGGUGGCCAUCGGAACCCACGACCUGGACACCGUACAAGGCCCAUUCGUCUACGACGCUUUACCUCCUUCUGAGAUCAAGUUCAAGGCCCUUAACCAGCAGAAGGAGAUGACAGCGACUGAACUGAUGGAGUUGUAUUCAAGCCACGCGCAGCUAAAGCAAUACUUGGGCAUCAUCCGCGACAGCGCCGUGUACCCGGUCAUCAAGGACAAGAACGGCGUGGUGCUGUCCAUGCCGCCCAUCAUCAACGGAGACCACUCCAAGAUCACGCUCAACACCAAGAACGUCUUCAUCGAAUGCACUGCCACGGAUUUGACUAAGGCCAAAGUGGUUCUGGACACCAUAGUGUGCAUGUUCGCGCCGUACUGCGCGCACGCAGUGCAGCAGUGCAAGGUGUACGCGCCCGACGGCACCUACGAGCUCUACCCCAAGCUGGAGACCAGGGAGGAAACCAUCAGUGUGGACAAGGCUAACAACUAUAUUGGUAUCAGUGAAAGCGGCGACAAACUCGCGGCACUGCUGUCCUGCAUGUGCUUGAAAACGAAGCACGAGCCGGAGCGAGGGCUUCUGCACGUCAGCGUGCCCCCCUCUCGACACGAUGUUAUCCACGCCUGUGAUUUGUACGAAGACAUCGCCAUCGCCUACGGGUACAACUCGAUCCCGCGGCGCGCGCUGGCGGUGAGCACGGCGGGCGCGCAGGCGGCGCUGGGCCGGCUCACGGAGCAGCUGCGCCGCGAAUGCGCGCACGCCGGCUACACCGAGGCGCUCACCUUCACGCUGUGCUCCCGAGAAGACAUAUCGACGAAGCUGGGUAUCGGCAUCGAGCAGACGCCGGCCGUGCACGUGUCGAACCCCAAGACGCUGGAGUUCCAGGUGGUGCGCACGCGCCUGCUGCCCGGCCUGCUCAAGACGCUCGCCGCCAACAGGAGGAUGCCGCUGCCGCUCAAGCUGUUCGAGAUCAGCGACGUCGUGCUACAAGAUCCCACUGCUGAAACGGGUGCCCGUAACGAGCGAAGGCUGUGCGCGGUGUACUGCGGCAAGAGCGCGGGCUUCCAGUUCGUGCACGGGCUGCUCGACCGCGUCAUGCUGCUGCUGCGCGUGCCGCACCCCCGCGGCUACCGGCUGCGGCCCGAGCAAGACCCUGCUUACUUCCCCGGGCGCUGCGCUGCAGUAGUCCUGGGCAGUGAAGUGAUCGGCCGCGUGGGCGUGCUGCACCCGUCCGUGCUGGCAGCCUUCGACCUCUCCAACCCCUGCUCCGCCGUAGAAAUCAACCUUGAACCUUUCCUCUGAGCGUGCUCCACAUAUGUACAGGAUUCUCCGCGGGCCUGACCGAACUGACAAUCGUUCACUGUCUAUCGCUCUUCUGUGUGGGCGCCGAUAAAGUUAUUAGAAUAGUUACGUUUCGUUGGCGACGGAGCGUGAGGAUUAUCACUUCGGCUGAGUGUGCGCAUCACACUCGGAAGCGCUGAGCGGAAAGAGUGUGCGCAUCGACACUAUUACGGUCAUUAGCCCGGUCCACACAAAGCGAGGCCAGCGUGCUAAUGUAGACAUGCCUCGGCCGAGGCAGUGCGCGCGUUUUCCUCAGCCGAGGCACGUCUACAUUGGACGUUUUCUACGCGGCGUGCCUCGCUCUGUGUGGACCUGUGGACCCGGCUAUUGGCAUCGUCUAAGUAACUAAUAUUUAUUUAUAAAUGUUAUCACUUAUCAUUAAAUCUUUUUUAGAA